UGGAGAUAAGGCUUAAUCUGCCUUAAAAUUGCCUGUACAACUGUGCCCAACCUUGCAUCACAAAUGUCAUAGAUCAAAGUUUACUUUCAUUUUCUGUGCAACAUGAUGGUUCAUGUAAAGUCUUCUUUGGUAAUUUAUCUUAUAAUGUAGGUAACAUCACAGUAAAUAAAACUGUAAAUAUAGCAUUCUGUUGUUAUAACUGUAAACAAUUUAUACUUUAAAUUAUAAGAGAAAUUUACUUAUAGCUUUUAAUUUACCGAAAGUAAAUUUAUUUUAUCAAGAAUUACCAAAUUUUCUGUUGCUGUUUACAGUCAAUGAGGAACAAUAUUUUCUCCAGAGGAAGAAAGGCUUUGAGUGAUUUUUACUUCAUCAAAGUAUCAUUAAUGCAUAUUUUUGGCUGUAAUAUUUUUCAUGUGUUAACCAUUUAAAAAAUGCAAAAAGGUACUCAACGCUAUACCUUAUCAAGAAUAAAUCACGGCUGAAGAGCGUUGUUGGAUGGGUCUCUGAAUGGGUUAAAUGCAGAGGUCACAUUUCGGGUAUGGGUCACCAUACCUGACAAAUAGGUCCUUUUCACUUUUCACUUGUACCUUAUUGCGUACGUAUACUAAAAGCACUGAACUUGAAAAAACUUUUUUUGUAAAGGGCAGCAUGAAACCUGUCAGGACUAAUGCAUGUGCCCACAAUAUUUAGUAUUCCGAGUAAUUGAUGGUGAUCAAUAUUGCAAAGCUAAACAUAACAUUUUUAAACAAACAUUCUUAUAACUUACCAAUUACAUCAAUAUAAAAGAUCUAAUUUCGACAUUUAUCCAGUGUCAUUGACUUCUGGCUUGUUUAGAUAACAGUGAAAAGUUGUGAGCUAAAAUUAUACUGAACUCUAUGAGCUAUUCUGAGACUGACCCUCAUCCUGGACAGCCAAUCAUGAGCCACAGUAUCUAUAGACUCAGUGGACAACGUGACACACUACUUUCAAACUGAAGAUUGUAGGACUGACAGCUUUUUCGGUCGGCACUCUCCAAGCGACUGCACGCAAGCAACAAAUCCAGAAUGUUGGAUGUUUUAAUAAUUGGAGGAGGUCCUCAUGCUCUUACACUCGCUACUCUACUCUCAGAUCCUGACCAACCUAUCUGCCAAUCCAAUGCUGACAUACUUCAGGGAAUUCAGCUUAGCAAAGCAAAAAGCGCUCGCAAAAACAAAAAAAGACAAACAACCAGGCCUGUGUUAAAAACAGAGAAUGACGGGAAACAUCAGACACACUCUUCACUGAACUUCAAGGUGGUGGAUUCAUAUGGAAGAUGGAUAUCACUGUGGCAAAGCCAGUUUACUGCCCUGAGCAUCCCACAUCUCCGAUCACACAUGCUUGUGCAUACCGACCCAUUUGAUAAGAAGGCCUUGCAAGAGUUUGUGCUGGAGGAGCAUCGGGCGGAGGAGCUGCACAGUCUACCUGAGCAAAUUUACAUUCAGGACGAGAAUGCAUUUUUUAACGACAAUCGGCUGGGUAAGAGGGACAAAAAGCUUCUAAGCGCAACAAAUGGCCUUCAGAAGAAGCUGUACUUCAGUCUGCCAGGAACACAACUCAGUAUAGACUUCUUCCAGGAGCAGGUACGCAAACAUGACCUGGACAGCAACUUAAUCCAAGCCACAGUAGACAGAAUCAUUCCGAUCCUUUCUGAGGAUGAGAGCAAGGUGAAGUUUUUCAACGUGACAUUAAACACAGGAGAAAAUGUAGAGGCAAAAAACAUCGUCAUGGCGACAGGACCUUCCAGGGCACAAAUGGCAAACAUCCCGUCUUGGGUGGAAGCAAUCCAGGAGAGUUACCCGGAGGGAACUCUACAACACACAGUUGAGCUCAUGCAUUACUUCUGUACACGUGAGGAAAUGAAUGAGCCAUCAACUGGUCCUCCUCCUGUGUGUCAUAUCGGUCACAGAGUGAUGGUGGUGGGUGGAGGUCUAACCAGCGCCCACAUUAUCUCAAUUGCUCUUAAGCAGGGUGCCCGUCACGUGACCUGGGUCUUACGAAAACACUUACAGUUGAAGCAGUUUGAUGUUGGGGACGUGGAGAGUCUGAUCGGACGCUAUUCACACAUUGAGCAUGGAAUCAAGAUGGAUGGCCUGGCCUACCUCAGGCAAUUCUAUAAUCAAAGGAGUCUUCACAAGAGGCUGGCAAUGAUAAAACAAGCCCGGAAAGGAGGAGCUGUGACCCCUGAGGCCUACACACAACUUCUGCCUUUCAUUCAGAGCGGUCAACUUCUGGUCAAACAUCACUGUCAGGUGACUGAAGCUAAAUGGUGUUAUCAGACUCAGAGUUGGAGGCUCUCCCUGUCCAAUGGUGAACAGUGGAAUGGGGAAAAGAUUUGGCUGGCAACAGGCUGCAAGCUGAAUGUAAAUCAAGACCCUUUACUGGCAGACGUUAUGAGAAAAUUCCCCAUUCAAGUUUUGGACGGCUGGCCGUGCAUAACAGAAUCACUGCAGUGGACACCAGAAUGCCCUCUCUACCUGAUGGGGCAGUACACAGCACUUCAGAUUGGGCCUCAUGCUGUUAACCUUGCAGGGGGUCAAGCUGCAAGUAUACGCAUAUUUAAAAGCAUCACAUCUCAACAUAGUGGACUGGAUGAAAGUACAUCAGCGAGAAUGGAGAAGACAAGCAGGACCGAAGAGUACAUAUCACACAUGCACGGCCUCAUGUGGUUGUAACCUACAUUAAUCCAAUCCAUUCAAUUUGUAAUCCACGGGUUUGACCUUUCUUUUCAGCUGUACUUACCUGUAGCAAAAACGAAGCUUUUGCAAAAUCUUGCUACACGUGGAUGUAGACGGUUUCAAAGUGACUACAUAAACUAACAUUACUGUGUAUAAAGUGCGGGAUAAAAAUCAUAAAAUUAAAUAAUUUAAGUUAUGUGUUUAUAAAACUAUAAGUAAAAUACAUUACAAAUAAAUUAUUUAAUUAAAUGUAUGCACUAUUUUUAUGCUAUACUCAUCAUGGGUAUCUUUGUUACAUUAACUGUAGAUUUGUUGAGAUGCUUAUAACUGUUAUUUUAACGUGUCUACCAAUAUUAUUUUAACAAAAUUCUGGUGUGUAUGUCUUUGAUUACAUUGCCAAUUUUGAAGGCAGUAUUAAACUUCUUUUUUGUUCCUUCUCUGUAUGUUCCUUAAUAAAUCUACCUUUAAUUGGUUUUCUGAAAACUGA